ACGGGGCGGGGCGCGACGCGACGCGACGCGACACGCGCCGGUUUGAAUCGGCGCGGGGCGCUGGGGCCCGGGCGCGAGAUGGGGACGGUGGAGCCGGCGGCCCGGGCGCGGCCCGAGGAAGGGGUCCCUGCCCCCACGGCUGCCGGCCCGAGGUGCAUCGAGGUCCCCCGGCCGCCCUCCAUCGAGGAGUUCACCAUCGUGAAGCCCAUCAGCCGCGGCGCCUUCGGGAAGGUGUACCUGGGCCGCAAGGCGGGGAGGCUGUACGCUGUGAAGGUGAUGAAAAAAGCAGACAUGAUCAACAAAAAUAUGGUUCACCAAGUCCAGGCAGAGAGGGAUGCGUUGGCUCUCAGUAAAAGUCCUUUCAUUGUGCACUUAUACUACUCGCUUCAGUCGGCUAAUAACAUCUAUUUAGUGAUGGAGUACCUUAUUGGUGGAGAUGUCAAAUCUCUUCUCCAUAUUUAUGGAUAUUUUGAUGAAGAAAUGGCUGUUAAGUAUAUUUCUGAAGCAGCAUUGGCUCUUGACUAUCUUCACAGGCAUGGGAUAAUCCACAGGGAUCUGAAGCCAGACAACAUGCUCAUUUCUAAUCAGGGCCAUAUAAAGUUGACAGACUUUGGCCUUUCUAGAGUUACUCUGAACAGAGAGAUAAAUAUGAUAGAUAUCCUUACUACACCAUCAAUGGCAAAGCCAAAACAAGACUACUCACGUACUCCAGGACAAUUGUUGUCUCUCAUCAGUUCUCUGGGUUUUUAUAGUCCUGUUGGAAUGAAAAUGCCAGGGCGCAAUUCAAGUGAAUCAUCUGACAGUCUGCAUGGAGUGAUUUCUCCCUUACCUAUGGUUCAGAAGGAAAAUACCCCUCUGUCAGCUAAAUUAUUCAAAACAUAUCUCGAUACUUCUCAGUUACCUCCUGCGAUGCCAGUGAGAAGUUUAACUCCUACUCUACUUCAGUCAAGAAAAAGGUUUGGUACCUCCAGUGCCAGUAGUCAGUCGCACACAUACCUGUCAAGUAUGGAAUCAGAAUGCUGCAGCAGCUCCAGGUGGGAGAAAGAUGUAGAGCAAGGAGAAGAUGAACUAUGUUCUACAACAGGCAAAACAAUUAACAGUGGGUCAGCUCACCUUUCAAAUGUAGACUUACUGAAUAGCAAAGGUAUUAAAGCCUUAAAGAAAAAAGAACUGGAGUCUGCUGUUUCUCCCAUCAGCAGCAAUGAUUCUGGCAGCAGGCUGAAGUUGGGAAGUGAACAUUCUGAUAUAACAGAUACUCCUGUGACCACACUGGAUGUGAAAGGCAUAGUCAGAAAAUGUCUUUCUGAAAACAAGAUUUGGGAAGAAAAACUCUUCAUAAAUAAAAGAGAUAUGACUAAUGAAAUGGCAGAAACUUCCAAUCAACUGCAGUCACUGUCAAGGCAAAAUGAGCCUAUCAAGUCUAUCAAAGAGGAAGAAAUCUUUGAAAAGCCAGGUGUAAAAAGAAGCUUUGAAUUAGUUGACACUAGUCCUUGUCAGGAAUUUAACUAUGUUAAAAAAAGCAAUGCAGAAUAUAAACGUGGCUGUCAGAUCUUGGAAUUUCCAGCAAGCAAAAGGACAGGUUUGACAACAGAAAUUCAAUCCUUAAUGCUUUGUGAUGAUGGAUGCCUACAUGACACCUGCAAAAGCACAGAAGAAGUUAAGAGUUUUAUUGGUAACCAGCAAACAAUAGAAAAAUCAGUUACGCAAAUUGUGGCAAAAAAUCUUAUGUGUGAUCUGGAUGCAGACUAUGAAAAGGAUGAUAAAAAGGAGUACAUGAACUCAAGUUUUUUAGGCACUGAUGAUGAAAAACCUCUAGGAAUCCUCAGUGCAGAUUCUGACUUAUCAUUUCCUGAAAUGUCUGUUACAGAAAGCCAUUUAGAAAAGCAGCUUUUAGAUUUGGACAAAAGUGUUAAAGACCUCUCCUUUGAGGAACCAAAACCAGAAGGCCUGGUAAUAACACCAUCAGAGUCCCAGGAUUCUUCGCAAAACGGAGAGGAAGCACGUACUGUCCAGGACUGCAAGCUGUUAUAUCAUGAAAAAGAUAAUGACCAGAAACACAUGGAAGAAACUUACCUUGACACCGUGCCUUCUCCUUCAGAAAAGCUGAUGGAAGCACUGAAUAUAUUUAAAAAAAAUGCUGUUGUCUUUCGAAGUUAUAAUAGUCCAAUUAAUAUAUCCAAUGUGUCUGAGCCAUGUAGCAUGGCUUCCUUAGAUAUAAUGGAUCUCUCACCUGCUUGUAGUGGCUCUUACCCAACAGCUAUUACUCCAUUACAGAAAGGAAGACCAUAUAGGGUCUAUCAGACACCUCAUCAGGGAGAUGCUGGCACACCGUAUAGGACUCCAAAGAGUGUAAGAAGAGGAGCUGCCCCAGUAGAAGGUGAACGCAUCCUAGGGACCCCAGACUACCUGGCACCUGAGCUGCUUCUGACAAAGCCUCAUGGUUCUGCUGUAGACUGGUGGGCCCUUGGAGUUUGUCUGUUUGAGUUUCUAACUGGAAUUCCACCUUUUAAUGAUGAAACACCAACACAAGUCUUCCAAAAUAUUUUGAAAAGAGAUAUUCCCUGGCCUGAGGGUGAAGAAAAGCUGUCUGAUAAUGCCCAGAAUGCAAUAGAUAUUCUUCUAACAGUUGACAGUACUAAGAGAGCUGGACUGAAGGAAUUGAAACUUCACCGCCUCUUCCAUGGUGUGGACUGGGAUAAUCUACAGAAUCAAACUAUGCCGUUUAUACCUCAGCCGGAUGAUGAAACUGAUACCUCUUACUUUGAAGCGAGGAAUAAUGCUCAGCACCUGACUGUGUCUGGAUUUAGCUUAUAGCAUCAAGAUAAAUGAACUUUCUCCAUGUUUUUGCACACUUACAGGUUGUCCUAUAACACUAGUUCAUUCUUAAUGAAGUUUUCUUGCCAAAUUUAGCGUGCAUUUUAAGUUAACAGUCUGUUUUUAUUAUUGUAUCCUUUUUUCUAAAGUGAAACUACUCUAUGAAACUUAGCUGGUGCCAAGUCCCUUCACGCUACCUUUUUAUCUCUUACUGGCCUUACUAAAAGGCCAGAGCAUCAUAUUUCUUGGAGCUAAUAACACUUGGCAAUGAUGGGGCUUUUCUUAAUAGCAAUGAGUAACUCCUGUUAGGAGGUGUGAAGUUAUUUCCUGGUUAAACGUAAUAGGGAAAGGACAUAAAUGCAUGUGACUUGUAUCUAAUCAUAACUUAGCUAUUGGUGGUCCAGUGUGAUGGCAGUCUUGUUUGGGAGGAGUCCUUUCUGAGCAGUUUGAAUAUAGAUCCCCUGGGCAAAACUGAUGUUUUUAUUUGAGGUGGAAAAUUGAAAUCUUAAUGCAGCACUGAAAUGUCUUACUUCUGUUAAUCUAUCCCAAGAAGGGUUAAAAGACUCAGUGUUGUUCAGGGGUAACUCAGCUAGAUGUGACAUGUGUGAUUGAUGGUAGUUCCACUGGUUAUUAUCCUAUCCUUUCCUAGACAAAUAGGGUAGGGAAAGGAUACUUGGGGCAAGUCUGUUUAAAUUGUUUCAUUGUAACUACUUACGCUGUAGGAAGAUGGACUGAACAGCACACGUUUUAGCAAUUACUGGUUUUAAAUAGAAAAUGCUGCAUAAGUGUUUGUGCUCACUUGUGUCAGAUGAUAGAAAACAAAAACCACCCGAAUGAUAGCUAACAAGUGAAGUAUUAUUUAUACUGAAGCUGCUAUAUAUUAAAGACUAUGAUGUAUAGCAAAUCGUAACAGACUGUUCUGUAAACUUACAACCAGAUCUUAGAUUUUACAAGAACUUAAGCUACAAGUGUAUAUUCAGUAUUACAAAUCCUAAUUAGGGGGAAAAUAUGUUUAAAUCUAUUUUCAUAUGCAACACAAAACUUGCAUCUGCUAGGUUUUAGAGGUUUGUAGGUAAUUCUGUUUAUCUUCAAUGUUUUUCUUGCAUAGGUAUCUUUCUCAGCUGACUUACUGAAGAUUUUUAUUUUUCAAGUUUGUACUUGCUAGAUAAAGAUCAGUCAUGCUAGAUGGUGGUGCCAGUCAGUGGCCAUGUGCCAGAAGUGCUAGCAAGCAUUUUGCUAGCGAUUUUGGCCAAGUGGCUUUUGAAUCUCCUGAACUGACCCUUCUUGUGGGGGGAGUGAGUUGUCCCUUCAUUGUCCUGAUUCCUGGAAGACAAAAUUUAUUGAUGGAAUUCUGAGCAGUGUCUGCUAGGCUUCCUGCUGUCCCUGCAGGUAGCUUGGAAAGGAAUGAGAAUGGUGGAGAAACAUGUUUCCUAGGACCAAAAAAGAGCUAAUUCUUAACAGCUCAGAAUGGCAAAUCCCAGCUGGAGGUGUGAUAGCUCAAACCUGGUAAAACAGAAUCUUGGCAAGCUGCAAAACAUACAGUGGCUCUUGCUCCCUUUGCUUCAGUUCUGAAACUUCAGUUUCAGAAAACUUCCAAAUUGUUGAAUCUUACUGAAAUUAAUGCUACAUUAAAAAGCUGCAAGCAAUCAAAUAUAAUACAUUACUGAAGCAGUAUCUGUAGGCAGCGUUCUCUGAAUAUAAGUUCUUCAGCAUUUUUCCUGUGUAUAGUUAAAAAAUAUAAACUGUGGGAGGAGGAGUACCUUAAUUUAAGUAAUCGCUGGUAUUUUAUGCAAUUUAUUCUUCCAUUUCUAGUAAUUUAGUUUAAGAAAACUAGUCUUACAAGAAUGAAUCUCUCUCACAUAGAGGAAAAUACUCUAAAAAUGUGUUUGGAAAUAACGUGAACUGAACACCACAACAGCUGUGUCUUCAGUCCUUUACAAAUGGUUACAACCUGUUCCCAUUUUGCAGGAUAAUACAUUCCCUUCAAGGCAGAAAAAGUUAGUGGUAUGAUAUUUUAAAGGUAACCUCUAACCCCUUCAUAUAAUUCUUAAUCAGUGCAAGGGUCAAGUAUGCUUCUAUCUAUAACUUUUCUUGACCAAUUGCAAUGAACUACAGAACUGCGUAGAAGUCUUGUAGGUAAUCUAAUGCUAGUGCAUAUGGAGCUGGAGAUGAUAGGACAUCAAAACAUUGGGCAUAGAGAAUCUUGUUAACUUACUGUUUUGUUCUUAUAAAAGCCUCAAACCUUCUUUUAAAAACCUUAUUAAAAAAGCAAAUUGUGGUGGUUCUACCAUAGUUUUAUAAUGUAAGAGGAAAACAUAAAUUCUGUAGAACAAUAAAUAGGCAAAUGGGAACGUUUAAUGUGAGCAGUUGGCACUACACGGCUGUCCAGAACCAUGAAAUUCUGCGCAGUUAGCACUGCAGCCUUGCAAUUCCCCAUUCUCUUCAAUACCUUGCAUUUAUCCUGAUCAUAGCAAACAUGGAGCUGAAUUUAACAAAUUGAUUGUUGGGGUUUGUGGUGUGGUUUUGUUCGCUGUGGGGUCUGGGUUUUUUUGUGUGUGGUGUGUAUGUUUGCUUGUUUAAAAGGUGAAUCCUAGCUUUAUUAUUCAAUAUGAAAUUCAUUGUCAACUCUUAGUCCCACUGUUUUUGCCCCACUUGUUGCUUGACUUUAAAAGCAGGAAAAGCUAUAAUGUAGUAGCUGAAAGAGAUUUAAAGUUUCUUCUCAUUAGUAAUCAACUACAAAUAUUUGUGUAAGCUGGCAAAGGUCUCUGGUUCUUGGAAGCUGUGGAAUACCACUUGGCAGGUACUCUAGCUGUUAUAUAGUGUUUCUUGAAGCCCUAAACUUUAUGUGCAUAACCUAUAUAUAAACUCUGUAGCUUCCAGGUUAUCUUGGGAGACAGUUUGUCUGCUACUGGCUGGACAUAAGUGUGCUCAAAACUGUGGAGACCAGUAAGUGUCAGUUUCUUGUACAGAAAUAGCAAUCUUGGACAAGCGUCACCUCCAUUAACUUGUGCUUAGGCUCACCUAUACACUGUGCAAAGGCUGGAGGCCAAGAUACUGAAUUGCUGCUACCCGUUCUUGAAUUGGCAGGUUCUGGUUUCAGCGUGAUCAGUUUACCUAUGGUUACUCUUACAGUAAAAUGCCUUCCCUUCCUCUCUACUGUGUUCUCAAAAAAUACUUUGCACAUGUUUGUGUAAAUAUAAAAUAAAGUAUUGUGGUCUUGCUGUUGCUGG